AUGGGUUCCUCGCCCAAUUCAAAGCCUAAGAUCGUCAGAGGCACCGCAGGUUAUGUCUUGGAAGAUGUUCCACAUUUGGCUGAUUACAUCCCUGACCUUCCAACAUAUUCUAAUCCUUUGCAGAACAAUCCUGCUUACUCAGUUGUCAAGCAGUAUUUCGUUCACGUCGAUGAUAGUGUUCCGCAGAAGAUAAUUGCGAAUAAAGAUAGUCCAAGAGGGAUACAUUUUCGGCGUGCCGGACCUCGUCAGAAGGUGUAUUUCGAAGCAGAUGAUGUUCAGGCUGCUAUUGUGACAUGUGGUGGUCUAUGUCCUGGCCUAAACACCGUGAUUAGGGAACUAGUAUGUGCAUUGUAUCACAUGUAUGGUGUGAAAAAAGUUUUGGGAAUCAAUGGAGGAUACAAGGGUUUCUAUGCACACAAUACCAUAUCUCUAACCCCUAAAAGCGUGAAUGAUAUACAUAAGCGAGGGGGAACUAUCCUUGGUUCAUCAAGAGGUGGACAUGACACCACUAAGAUAGUUGACAGUAUUCAAGAUCGGGGAAUCAAUCAGGUUUUUAUAAUUGGAGGAGAUGGUACUCAGAGGGGUGCAGAUAGAAUUUUUGAGGAAAUUAGAAGGCGUCGUCUCAAAGUUGCAGUAGUAGGAAUCCCGAAAACCAUAGAUAAUGACAUCCCGGUUAUUGAUAAGUCCUUCGGCUUUGACACAGCUGUUGAGGAGGCUCAACGUGCUAUAAAUGCUGCACAUGUUGAGGCUGAAAGUGGUGAAAAUGGCAUAGGUGUUGUCAAGCUGAUGGGCCGGUACAGUGGGUUUAUUGCAAUGUAUGCUACUCUGGCUAGUAGGGAUGUGGACUGUUGUUUAAUUCCAGAGUCACCCUUUUACCUUGAAGGUCCUGGUGGACUUUUUGAGUUUGCAGAGAAAAGGCUAAAAGAAAACGGCCACAUGGUUAUUGUGAUUGCUGAAGGGGCAGGACAGGAACUGGUUUCUGAGAGUAUCCAAUCCAUGCACAAGCAGGAUGCUUCCGGAAACAAACUUCUUCAAGAUGUUGGGCUUUGGAUAUCCCAAAAGAUAAAGGAGUAUUUUACCAAGCAGAAGACAAUGAACAUAAAUCUCAAAUAUAUAGAUCCAACGUAUAUGAUCCGAGCUGUUCCAAGCAAUGCUUCUGACAACGUGUACUGCACACUUCUUGCUCAAAGUGCUGUUCAUGGAGCCAUGGCAGGUUACACCGGCUUUACCAGUGGGCUUGUCAAUGGAAGGCAAACGUACAUACCCUUUUAUAGAAUCAUCGAGGGCCAGAACAAAGUAGUCAUAACUGAUAGAAUGUGGGCUAGGCUUUUGUCUUCAACAAAUCAACCCAGCUUUACGAUUUGUAAGAGUGUCACUGAAGAAAAGAGGGAAGAAGAAACAACCGGGGAGCAGUAA